AGUGAUCACACAUGUCAUAGUUACAAGAAAUGAGUGAAUUUAUACAGUGAACUUUGUUUUACACUCUAUAAAUCGUUGAGUUAAUUUGAUGAGUGAUUAGACUUUCCUGUGAUAAUCCGUUUAGUGUGAGUGUAAUUAUUUUUAAUUUCAUAAACAAGGAAAAGGAGGUUCACAAAUGCGCAGUUUUUAAAAUUAUACCUAUCAGCUAGAAGCUGCGUUUGUCUCAAAGUCUGUCGAGAUUGUCUAAGCUUAACAACUAUGAAACCUAACACGAAGAAUAACCAAGAAACAGAAAAUGUGAUUCCAACGAAGAUCUACAUACUGAUCGCAGUUGGGUUUAUACUACUGGUUGUACCGAUAAUAUCACUCUUGAUGGAUACGCAGAUGGUUUUAAUAAAACAUAUGACAAGGAUAGCGAACGGUUCAAAUGUGUACAACAUGCUGCAAGAGGAGAUACCGGGAGCUUUUGUGCAUGUUUACGUCUUCAACAUCACGAAUGGAGAUGCCUUUCUCUCAGGAGAGGAUGACAAGCUGAAGUUGCAAGAAGUCGGGCCUUUUAUAUACCAGGAGUACCGAAAAAAUGAUCAGUUUGAGUUGGACGAAGAAGCGGGUGUGAUGCGGUACACGCCACGUUUGUGGACGAAGUUCGUCCCCGAAGGCUCAGUGGGGGAUCCUCACAAGAUAAAUGUCACCGUGCCUAAUGCAGCUUUGCUGGCAAUGGCAUCAAUGCUCUCCGACUACCCGUUCUUGACAAAAACAGGCUUCAAUAUCCUGGCGAGCCGUUUGAACACCCCGACCCUGAUGAACAUGGACGUCCACAGCCAGCUGUGGGGCUAUGAGGAGCCGCUCAUUUCCGUAGGCAAUACGCUUCUACCUGGCUGGAUCACCUUCAGCAAAAUGGGUCUUUUAGAUCGGUUAUACGACCCGGCAGCAAUACCUCGCUUUGAACUUGGAAUCACAAAUGAGGACAAGUUCAGAAUAAAGACUUUAGACGGCGCUCGUGGGCUAAGUGUGUGGGACUACGAGAAUCCCAGUAAAAGAACUCGUUGCAACACUCUCGUAGACACAUACGAAGGGAUCGCCUACCCUCCAGCAUUGUCACCUAAAACCAAACUGAGGUUAUACCGGAAUGUCUUCUGUCGGAUGAUAGAUCUAGAUUUAGUUGGAACCAGAACUAUAGACUACGGCCCUGAAGCUUUAAUCUAUAAAGUCAAUAAUGACACCUUCAAUAUAGGACCUAAUACUGAAUGCCUUUGUGGUAAAAGGGCGUGCAAAAAUGGAGUAUCAGAUUUGUCACCGUGUUUAUAUAAUCUUCCUAUGGCUCUAUCUCAUGCUCACUUCUUGCACGCGGAUCCUCAGCUAUAUGAACGCAUUGAAGGCAUACACCCUGAUGAAAUGAAGCAUGGCAGCGAGAUUGUGGUGGAUCCUAAAGUUGGUGUCGUGCUGCAGACGCGUUUCACUCUUCAGAUCAGCGUGGAUAUUCAAGAUGUCAGCUACAACCGGCAAGCCAAACCGUUUUCGAACAUGGUCGUGCCUCUCGCUUAUUUCACAAUUAUUCAAGGGGAAUUACCAGAAGAAGGAAAACAGGCAAUCAAGUCGUUGCACGUCAAUUUCUUUUACAUGGUCCAUGGAUCCGAAAUUGCCACAUUUAUCUUAGGCUUAGUAAUUUUAUUGUAUGCAGGAAGAACAGUCUUUUGGAGCGUAAUUUGCUCGAAUAGACUUUCAUAUAAGAUUUCUAAGUUGAAGAAACCAUCAAAUAAUAUAGUACAGGUAGAAGAACCACUUAUGAAUGAAAAUAAUUUCAGCCAUAUAAAAGUUUUAGAGUCGGAGAUUUACUGUACCAAAAUCCAAGAACCUUAGCUCAAAAUGAGGAAUAAGAAAAGAAGAAAAGAAGAUUCAAUAAUGAUAACCAAGGCAAGAGGUUCAUAAUAAAAUUGAUGGUACUUAAAAAUUGAACUAUAGAUCAGUAAUAUGUCAGUUUAAAGUGGUUGAUUUAAGAAAGCAAAAUAGUUAAGAAUCACCCAAUGAUACGAUUCAAAAGACAGUUGAAACUUAUGUUUAAGAUAAGUUCCACGAUAUUGCGCAGGUGAAAUAACCCAACUGUGUAGGUACAGCUCAAUAGUUAGAUCAAUUACUUAGUUAUUUUGAAAAAUUAAGCAAUUGUUAAUAAAUAUUUAGCAAUAAUACAGUAGAAUUAAGUGAUUGCUUUAAUAAAUUUUAAGAGUAGGUAAUUUAUUUUUACAACUAUUUUUUAUGAAAAACAGCAGGGUAGGUAGAUACACAUUACAAUAUAAACUUUAAUGUUUUAGGUAUUCUCUCUAGAAAAUUUGCACACAUGGUAAAAAAGUAAAAUUAAAUUUGAAAUGGAAAUGGUGCUUCUUAUGUCACAAAGAUUAUUAUAAGUUCUAAAAUUGUGUUAUGACUAUCUGUGUAAUAAAAAUAUGAAUCAGAGCCAGGCUCAAAUAAAUUAAUACCAAUCUGAA